AUGGCGGUGGCCAAGGUGCCGAUGCGGAGAGGCCAAACGCAUUGGACGCGUUCGCGUCGUCUCGUGAGUAGCGCAAGCAACUCGAACGCUGUGGACCUGGAAAACUACCAAGGCACCAUCUACUUCGCUGAUAUCGUAGUGGACGGCUCCAACUUCGUCGUGCAGGUGGACACAGGCUCAUCGGACUUGUGGAUCUCAUGUUAUUACCUCAGCGGCUCCACGUGCCAGUCCACAUGUCCAUCCGACGCUGAAACGAUCUCCUACGGCUCUGGCGACGUCUGUGUAGAAGGCGAAUCAGCCGAUAUCAAGUUUGGCAACGUCGCAGUGUCUAAUUACAAUGUGGGUGUGGCACAGGGCUCGACUGUGAACCCGAGCAGCUCCAGCUCACUGCUUGCAGGUGACGCACAGGGUCUCUUUGGCCUUGCCUACAGCUCACUGGCAACACUACCAUCUCCUGGUGGACAGUUCAUUGACUACGUCCAGAGCUUCUCUAUGUAUUUGACUCAAGAAGAUAAUUCAGCCGGCAGCUUCUUGUUGCUAAAUGGUGUGGACGACGCGUUAAUCUCCUCAAAUGGCCUCACACCGUACACAGUCAAACUCAAGUCGGCAACGCCAACACACUGGACAAUUGGCAUGACGGCAAUGCAGAUUGGCAACAGCACAGCCGUGUUCCCUUGCUCUACAGCGAGUAGUGGCAGCUGCGACAGUAUUGUGGACUCUGGGACGUCUCUAUUGGCGAUGCCCAGCUCGGUCUACUCGAGUUUUGUAUCCACAUAUCUUUCAAGCUGCCAACGAGAUCAAUCCGGGUCGGAAAUCUACAUGUGCUCGAGUGACAUCGAGUUGCCCCGAUUGGCUCUAACAUUCGGAGACGUGACGUUCUACUUGGAGAAGAACGACUAUAUUAUCAACCUGGGAGGCAACAUGGUCGUCGUGGAGUUACAGGCGACGUCAAGCGCUAGUGGCUCGUAUGCCAACACGUGGAUCAUCGGCGAGACGUUCUUAAAAAUAUUCUACACGAGCUACAACGUCAACGAGUCUGUGACCUUCUACUGUGUUGAAAACAGUACAUGUACCCCAGGUUCCCAAGCGGUAUCUUUGCCCGCGUCUUCGGAUUCGUCGGGUGACAACACUGGCGGCAACGGAUUUGGAGGUGGCAGUGGCGGCAUCUCGGGUAUUACGUUCAACGACGACGACAAGAGCCACCUCACAACGAUCCUGGCCAUCGUAUUGGGCGUUCUCGGCUUCUUCUUAAUUAUCGCAGUGGUAACUUCUCUCUUCCGCUGCAUGUGUAGACGCAGAAGAGCGUCUCGACACGAGCAAUCGCUGCAGCCAGUAUUGGUCGUUCCUGGAGGCUACUACCAGCCACAACCUGCCAUCCAGCCUUCCCAAGGAUACUAUGCCCAGCACUAA